GUUUUCUGAACGUAGCCAUUGCCGUGUAAAAAAAAAACAACAUCCAAAUAGAAGAGCUCGAUAUAAGUGUUUUGACCGAUAGAAUAGAUUCGAGCACGCAAUCCGAAGAGGUGCAGGUGAUCUUUGUGCCGCACAAGUGCAGAGUAAUGCAGGUGACCGAAUUCGCUAUAUUCGUCGCACAUGGUAAACAAAAAACAAACUGGCGUGCGUCGGAUAAUCCAGGAUCGCUGUAAGAUGUAAAGGCAUUUCCGACGAGUUCGACAACUUGUAAAUUAAUAUGGAUGACGAUCCACGGUUGUCACAUUAUGUAUACAUUUAUAUGGCCAGCAGGGAUAAGCCGUUGAAGUUUGCAUUUACUGUUGGCGAAACCAUCGAAUACCUGUGUAUAAAGAUAUGCAAUGCCUACAAUAUAAGUCCGUUGGCAAGGCAUCUGUUCGCGCUGCAAAGCUAUUCUACGAAAUUAUGGUUCCCGUGUGGCCACGUGCUGGAAGAGGACUCGGAGAAGUACAGAUUCAACUUUCGCUUGAGGUUCAAGCCAUCCAGCAUGGACAGACUGAGGGAGAUAGAUUUAAAUGCAUAUAAUUAUUAUUUCGAGCAAGUCCGCAGGGACGUGUUAGAUAAUAAAGUACCUGACAUAGUUUAUGAGAAACAUAAACACGAAUUGAUUGGCCUAGGAGUUAGCGAUAUGUACAGGGUGAUGCUCGAAGAAGCACUCCCGCGAGAAAUUGUAGAGUCGGAAUACAAGAAAUACAUACCUAAGGAAUGCAUAAAGAGGCAUGCCUUCUUCAUUAGGAAACCUAUUCAUAACGCACUUACGAAGUUAUCCGGGUAUGACGCAGCAUACGUCAAGGAGCAAUAUUUGAAGCAGUUCGAACGCAUGGCUCCGAAUUAUCCGUACGAGGAGUACACAGCGCUAAUGGAUAAAGAUGUUCCUAAUCUAAGAGCUAAAGUCUUACUUAGAGUUACCAUAGAGCAAGUGAAGUAUUGCGAGAUUGACAUUGGUACAUGGAAAACGAUUUGUAGGAUAGAGGACAUUUCCACCCUUUCUAUAGGAAAGAACAAUACUGUAUUGAUUGGGAGGAGAACUGGCAUACCGUUGUGCGUGCAAUUUGAGACAAAGGCGAUUCUGUUGUCUUUUGUAUCCACACUGGACGGAUAUUACCGCUUAUCUGUCAAGUGGAAUUUUAAUCUUUGCAGUGGUGACGCUAGCAUUAUCACGCCUUCUCUAGAGAGAUUACAAAAGCUAAGGUGCCAUGGACCAGUUGGGAAAGACUUCUCGUACACGAAACUCAAGGAAAAAUGUGCCAACGAGCCGGGAAGUUACAUCUUGCGCGAGAGCGAAACCGAGUACUGCGUUUAUUACAUCGACGUUUACAACAAGGACGGAACUAUAUCUUCGCAGAGAGUGGUCGAGAUCAAACCUGAGAAAUUUGCGAUGACAAACAGCUCUUUGGUAUACGAAUCCAUGAGGCAUUUAAUUUCUUCAUUCCAAAAUCCCAAUGAAUCAAUAUACUUCGAAAAAUGCUUGGGAUUUUCCGAAUACGACAAGUCGAAAUUACUACUUUGCGCUUCGGAAAACGUCGUGAACGAAGUAGCGGCGGACGAGGAGAUAAUCACCACUCUGUUGCAAGGUGGACCGCGAUGUGUACCGUGGAAUGAGUUACAGGUAUACAAGGCGAUCGCGAAGAGCGACGAGGAUUUGACUUGUACAACAACAAUGACUAGUUUGCAUCGAACUAUAUGGCGAGUAGCCAAGGGCAAGAAGCUCGAAGUUAUGAUGAAGAUACUCAAGACCGAGGAGAAUGAUUAUACCAAAGAAUUUUUGGAGUUGGUCGGCAAGUGGAGUCAACUGCGAUCGGGAGCUCUAGUUAGAUUAUAUGGCAUAACAGUGGCCCCGACGAUCGGGAUGCUCCUCGAGUUGGUAAACUUGGGCCCGCUGGACAAGUACCUGAGCAGCAACAGCAAGUCCGUGCUAACGGUCGAUAUGGUGGAAGCCACCGUCUGCCUGGCAACAGCUCUAUGGCAUUUGGAGGAGAAUCGGGUAAUUCAUGGAAAUAUAAGGUGCCGGAACGUUCUCGUGCACUCGCAUACAGAUAACAGUUUCAUCGUCAAGUUGGGAGAUCCCGGCCUCUUCACUUACACCGAGGACGAUAUAUAUUGGAUACCGCCAGAAUGUUACUCCGACUUCUCGUCCGCAAAAUACAGUCUCCAAGCGGAUAUAUGGGCGCUGGCGACAACUAUUUGGGAGAUCUUUUCCAGAGGGGCUUCUCCACCCAAAUAUCACAAAACUCAUACCGUUAAAAUGUACUAUAAAUGUGGAAAUCGAUUGCUUCCUCCUAAGGAUUGUCCAAACGAAAUCUAUAAAUUAAUGUUGGAAUGUUGGGGCAAAAGUAAUUCUAUAUCGAGGAAACAGCCUCAGGCCAUCAUGCGAGAUAUCAAUCAGAUUUUAUACGAAGUGUAUAAUGCUCGUAGAACUCAUACUUAUGCUACUAUAUGCCCCAAGCUGUUCAAAGACGCCGAUGGAAACAACGAUGAAAACGGCAGUAUUUAUACAGAGGAAAGCAAGUCGAAUAGUGAAUCGCAAACGAGUUUGGUCACUGAUUACACCAGUGUUACUUGGAACGAUAAUGAUCAUGCUACAGAGCAGCUGGUCAGCUAUCAGAACCAAGACAGUAACAGGGACGAACUGUCGCUUUAUCUACGUUGGUUAAACAGCGAAUUGUACAAGAUGCCGGUGGCGGGUAACGGUAGCGAUUGUGGUACCAGUCGCGAAGAUAGCUCGGACAAAACCAACAAAAGUAAAUCCAAUGACAAGGCUUUCAACAGCAAAGAUAACUCCCAAUGGCAGCGUACUUAUGAAAUAAAUGAAAACCUGGACGUGAUCCUGCAAGGACGCAUAGGUGAAGGCUUUUACGGCGAGGUGUACAAGGGUACGCUCAGGAGACGCAACGGUAAGGAAGUUGACUCGGAACAGGAUGUAGCCGUCAAGAAGCUCAAGACGCAGGAGGACUCGGAAAAUGUGCUUGACUUUGAAAGAGAAAUUAAAAUCAUGGAGAGACUCAAACAUCCAAACAUCGUCAAAAUUCUGUGCUCAGUUGACCGAAUCCUGGUAAUGGAAUUCAUCCAAUACGGCUCGUUGCUGAGUUAUCUAAGCUCGCAUCGGUUUAGUCUCGCAUACAAGACACUGCUGGGCUUCGCUCUGGACAUAGUCGCGGGCAUGGAGUAUCUUGGCAGUAUGAACAUUGUACACCGAGAUCUGGCAGCGAGAAAUAUCCUAGUGGCGAACGAGGAUCGGGUGAAAAUCAGCGACUUCGGUCUCGCGCAAGUGAUAGCUGCGAGUGAUUAUUAUGUCUUCAAAACUCUUCGCAAUAUUCCAAUUAAAUGGUACGCACCGGAGAGCUUGAGGCAUAACAAAUUCUCAACGCGUUCGGACGUGUGGUCGUUCGGCGUGACGAUGUACGAGGUUUUCAGUUACGGCGUCGACCCGCAGUUGGCAGUCAGAAUAAGUGAGAAAGAACUUUUAAUGACGACUAUAACCGACCUGCUGAACGCGUUGGAACGUGGUCACCGUCUUCCUUGCCCAGACAACUGUCCACAGGAGAUCCACAGGAAAUUGAUGUUAUCAUGCUGGCAAUUGAACAGCCACGAGAGACCAAUUUUCGCUACUCUACGCGAAGACAUCGAGCAGCUACUCUGUAAUUAUUAGAAUAUUUCGCAAUUCCGUAGAUCGUCGGUUGUUAUUUUAGAAAUAUAUGACGUAUCCCACUUAUGUUUCUUACAUGGGAGAUUCUUUGAGAAGUUUACAAUUAACUUAUUUUUCGCAGAAAGUCGUUUUCUCAUCCCCUUUAUAAGAUCUCAAUACAUGUAGAACUAUGUACAAAUUAAUUUUAACUUAAUAUUUUUUAGACAUGAGUGAAUUUUAAAGAAAAAUAGUAUUUUCCUGUAAAAAUUUUAUUUAGGAAAAAAACAAUAGGAAAUCAAGGAAUCUGCCCAUUGGGAAAUUAAAAUCUUUCCGAUCUUCGCAUCUUGUAUAGAAAGAAUGUAUCUAGUCGAAGAUAUUGUCGCCAUUUUAUCAUGUACAUGUGUGAAAUAUAUCGCUUAAGUAU